CUCCCCACCCCACCGCACCCACAUCAAUCAUUCAAUAGGCCCACUUAACCAAGGCAGGAGAUGAAGAGAGAGGGUCGCCAACAUGGGAUGGUAAGGACCCAAAUGAUCUUACCACCACCAUGGAAUUCAAAGCCCGGGCGCAAGGUGGUCAAUGAAUUCGAUUCACGUCCAACGGCCGGAUUGUACACAAAGGUGUCAUCGAAGCCAUCGAACCACUCUAAGUUCACUGGAAAAUGUGAGAGACCCAGGUGCAUGGGGUGCCACACACACCCAGCCUGUAAGUCUAGCCACAAGGCUAAGGGUUCGCGCAAGAUCAAAUCAUGUGAUGUGGCCACAAAUCAUCGGUUGAUCACAUGGCGGGUCGUAGACAAGGGAGUCGGAUUGAACUAUACCGGGACAUCGGCUAGCGGCGUUUUGAGCCAUCUAUCUGGGAAAUACUGGGAUGAAGUUGAUGAUGAAGUAGAAUAUGGCGAAGAAGGCGUCGUUGAAGAUGCAGAUGCUUUUGUGGAUGGGCCAGUAAUGGAAUGUAGCGAUGCGAAAUCAACGGAUGUGAUCGGACCAGGUGCAGUUGAAAUUGAAGAAGAAGGUGGUGAGAUGGACUUUUAUGCUGUUGGGUUUGUGUGGGAUUGUAUGGAUGAUGAUGGAGAUUGGUGUCUAGUGGGGGAGAUGUGAAUGUGGACAGUUAAAAUAACUGUUUAUGUUUGAUAAUAAGCUCUUAUUCAUCCAAUAUUUUCUUCUUCUUUUUUAUGUUAUUUUAAUUUCUUUGGCAUUAUGAUAGGAAAUUUUUCAUUCUGUUUAGAUCUUUAGGAAAAUUUGUAUUCAUUCACCAAAUAAAAAAUAGAAAUAUGAGUUUCCAGGAAAGUA